AUGAAUAACUUGGUCCUAUCUCUUGCUCCUAAAUUCACAAAAUUGCAAACUUUAAUCCUUCGUCAAGACAAACCUCAACUGGAGGACAAUGCUGUUGAGACCAUUUCAAAUUUCUGUCGUGACCUGCAAAUCCUGGACCUCAGCAAAAGUUUCAAGCUCACAGAUCGUUCAUUGUAUGCCAUAGCCCUAGGUUGUCGCAAUCUUACAAAACUGAACAUUAGUGGUUGUUCAGCCUUUAGUGACAAUGCCCUGGCUUCCCUAGCCAGUUUAUGCACAAAUCUGAAAGUUUUGAAUCUCUGUGGAUGUGUUAAAGCUGCAUCUGAUACUGCAUUACAGGCAAUUGGACAUUUCUGCAAUCAGUUACAGUCUUUGAAUAUUGGAUGGUGUGAAAAUGUCAGUGAUGUUGGAGUAAUGAGUUUAGCGUAUGGCUGCCCUGAUCUUCGAACACUUGACUUGUGUGGUUGUGUCCUUAUAACAGAUGACAGUGUAAUUGCCUUGGCAAACAGAUGUCCUCAUCUGAGGUCCCUUGGGUUGUACUACUGCCAAAACAUAACAGACAGAGCAAUGUAUUCUUUGGCACAGAGCAAAGUAAACAGUAGGAUGUGGGGGUCUGUGAAAGGUGGAAAUGAUGAGGAUGGACUGAGGACUUUGAACAUUAGCCAAUGCACAGCACUCACCCCUUCUGCUGUGCAGGCUGUGUGUGACUCAUCCCCUGCACUCCACACCUGUUCAGGAAGACACUCACUCAUCAUGAGUGGUUGUCUGAGUUUGACAUCUGUGCAUUGUGCAUGUGCUGGUCAAGCACACCGCGCUAUCAACACCAUUCCUCAUACAGCUCAUUAG